AUGGCCCUUAACUUGGAGCCAGGUCAGGUCGGUAUCGUCCUGUUCGGUUCCGAUGCCCUCGUCAAGGAAGGUGAGAUCGUCAAGAGAACCGGAAAGAUUGUCGAUGUCCCAGUUGGACCAGGUCUUUUGGGAAGAGUUGUGGAUGCUUUGGGUAACCCUAUCGAUGGUAAGGGACCAAUUGAAUCCGUUGGAACCUCCAGAGCCCAAGUCAAGGCCCCAGGUAUCUUGCCAAGAACCUCCGUUUGCGAGCCAAUGCAAACCGGUUUGAAAUCGGUUGACUCUUUGGUCCCAGUCGGAAGAGGUCAGAGAGAGCUUAUCAUUGGUGACCGUCAAACCGGUAAGACCGCCGUUGCCAUUGACACCAUCUUGAACCAAAAGAGAUGGAACGAUGGUGCUGAUGAGUCCAAGAAGUUGUACUGUGUCUACAACGCUGUUGGUCAGAAGCGUUCCACCGUUGCCCAGUUGGUCCAGACCUUGGAGCAACACGAUGCUCUUAAGUACUCCAUCAUCGUUGCUGCCACUGCUUCUGAGGCUGCUCCUUUGCAAUACUUGUCUCCAUUUACCGCCUCUGCCAUUGGUGAGUGGUUCCGUGACAACGGCAGACACGCUUUGAUCAUCUACGAUGAUUUGUCGAAGCAGGCCGUUGCAUACCGUCAAUUGUCCCUUCUGUUGCGUCGUCCUCCAGGAAGAGAGGCCUACCCAGGUGAUGUCUUCUACUUGCACUCCCGUCUUUUGGAGAGAUCUGCUAAGAUGUCCGACGCUCACGGAGGUGGAUCUUUGACCGCCUUGCCAGUCAUCGAGACCCAGGGUGGUGAUGUCUCCGCCUAUAUCCCAACCAACGUCAUCUCCAUUACCGAUGGUCAAAUCUUCUUGGAGGCUGAGUUGUUCUACAAGGGUAUCAGACCAGCCAUCAACGUCGGUUUGUCCGUCUCCCGUGUCGGUUCCGCCGCUCAGGUCAAGGCCAUGAAGCAGGUUGCCGGUUCCUUGAAGCUUUUCUUGGCCCAGUACAGAGAAGUUGCUGCCUUCGCCCAAUUCGGUUCCGAUUUGGAUGCCUCCACCAAGUCCACCUUGGUCAGAGGUGAGAGAUUGACCCAAUUGUUGAAGCAAAAGCAAUACUCCCCAAUGGGUUCUGAGGAGCAAGUUCCAUUGAUCUACGCUGGUGUCAACGGUUUCUUGGACAACUUGCCUUUGGACAGAAUUGCUGCCUUUGAGGAUGAGUUCUUGGCCUACUUGAAGUCCAACGAGUCCGGUGUCUUGGACGCCAUCAAGAACGAGGGAUCUCUUUCCACUGAGAACUUGGCUAAGUUGAAGGCUGCUACCGAGUCUUUCGUUGCCACCUUCUAA